UAUACGGGUUUGCACAGAACCAUAAACCUCUCAAGUCUCAAAACCCCUCUCUCUCCUCGUCUCAAAAACCCUCUAUUUUUCUCUUUCCUUACUUUCACUUUCUCUUCCAUUAAAACUCUCUGAUUAACUGACGAAAAAUGAGGUUUACAAAACAUAAGCGACACAGAAAGAUUGUUAGGUUUUACACCGCUUGUUUUGGUUUUAGGGAACCUUUCAAAGUACUGUGUGAUGGUACUUUUGUUCAUCACUUAGUUUCUAAUCAUCUUUCUCCUGAUACUUCUGUCUCUAAUGCUCUUGGUGCAUCUGUUCAGCUCUUCACUUCUAAAUGUGUUAUUGAAGAAUUAAAGUCUCUUGGAAGCUCACAUGCUCAAUCUUUUCAUGCUGCUCGUAAAGAUUUCAAGCUUGCAAGAUGUGAGCAUGAAGAGAAGGAAAGUGCUUUCAAUUGCAUGAUCGAGAUCAUUGGAGAAAAUAAUCCUGAACACUUUUUUGUUGCUACUCAAGACAUGGAUUUACGGAAGAAGUGUCGGAAGAUACCAGGAGUCCCUGUGCUCUUUGGUCUGCGGAAUGCUGUGUUUGUUGAGCAACUUCCGUCAUUCCAGCGUGAAUAUGUGAAGGCUGCUGAAGAAAGAAGGUUACAUAUGACUGAUUCAGAACAGAAGUUGUUACAGAAGAGAGUAAAGAGCAUAUUGAAUGCAGAAGAAUUGAAGGACUCUUCUAAUGCCGAGGAAGAAAUUGAUGAGGAGGAUUUACGGGGUCAGGUUAUAGCAAGUCGAGAGCCUAGGAAGACGGAUGCAAAGGACAAGGUUCAAUUUAAAAGGAAAAAAGCAAAGGGUCCAAACCCACUGUCAUGUAAGAAGAAAACUACAAGCAGUUCAGCCCCUAAUGCUGGAAAGGCUGAUAAGACUAGUAGUGAUGCCAAGAGAAGCAGGCCUCGGAAGAGGAAGAGAUCUCGCACGGACAAAUCAUCCUCAAGGACUGAUGGUGCUAGUGCUUAGUAAAUUGAUUUGACCCUAUCAGUUUUGUUUAUCUUAGAGUAUCAUAAUUCAUACAUGUAUUUGGUUUUAUGGCUUAUAAGUUAGUUUGUUAUCGGGUAUCCAUAGCUACAUCUAUGCUUCCUAUAUUAUAUUAGGAAUUGUUGAUGCUACACGUUAUAGGAUUUCAAAAACAAUUUAGAAACACAACAUAGCAUUUUUUUCAUCGUAGGUAUUGGACACAAGGAUUUCUUUUUACCGGAAUGCAUUGUGCAUCAAUCAGUGAACACUAAACAUGGCUAUAAUCCAACGUCAAAUUGUUUUGAA